GACUGUUCAGCGUUCAACACGUCACGUCACAUCUCAAAAUUUCAACCGACGUCGGUCGCGUCGAAAGAAAACACCAUCCAAUCCGCCUUCGAAAUCAUUAUCGACGGCGUCCUUCUAUCCUUCCAUACCCGCCCUCCGAAACCUGCAAUAUCCGAUCGAAUUGAACGGAAAAGAUCUGUCAAAACAUAUUUCGAAUACGUUCAACGGUCACUAUUAAUCCAUCACAAUGCCCGCCAGCCUCGACAGCCAGAGGCUGGAAGCCGUCUUCCAGUCGCGGCCAGACAUUCUACAGGGCAUUCAGAAAGCAGCUGACACUCCCGCCCGAGUCGCACUAUUCAACAACAUCGCAAGCUUCGUCCACGAGCAGAUCAACGGCCCAGAGCCCGUAUCGAAACGCAGACGGGUAGACGAGGGUCCCACGAACGGUUUCAAGGCGACGAACACGAAUGGCACGUUUGCAAAAGCCGCGCCCAAGAGCUCCGGCACCGGCAAUGCGGCUGACGAAGAGGUGCUCCUCGAGAUCAAGGAAAUCUCCGUCUCAGUGCCGCAGCGCAAAAAGUACGACCUCUGCUUCACGGCCAAUCACCUAUACGCUCGCGCACCGAACACCACCGCCCCUGUAGAGGGCAUUACCUACGCCUGGGAAGACAUCGAAUACGCCUUCUACCUCCCCGUACCCGAAAAGACCCAGGUGCAACACAACUACGUGCUGUUCCCCCGCGGGACAUGCCUCCCGACAAAGACGGCACCCGAGAAGGAAGCGCUGGUGUUUACGGUGCCAUCCACGCCGCCCAAGCAGGGCACCAUCGGCGGGCCGAGGGCGAACGCAGCAUCAACCGUCUCCGACACCUACCGCGCCCUCUUUGACUGGGCGCUGACGACACAUCUCAGCUCCGCUGGCAACCGGGCCGAAAUCGUCGCGGCGGACCCCAGCAAGUUCCACAGUCUCGUACGCCAGCCGCAUAGACCGAACGAGAAGGCGGUGCACGUCAAGGCCUUCCGCGGGUCCAAGGACGGAUACCUUUUCUUCCUGCCCAACGGUAUCUUCUACGGCUUUAAAAAGCCUCUCGUCUUCCUGCCCAUCGACCGUAUCGUGGCCGUGAGCUACACGAGCGUCCUGCAGCGCACCUUCAACAUAGUUGUCGAGGUCUUCACCGAAGGCGACGCGACCGAGGAGAUUGAGUUUGGCAUGCUGGACCAAGAGGACUACGGCGGCAUCGACGAGUCGUACGUCAAGCGCCACGGGCUGCAGGACCGGAGCAUGGCCGAGCAGAGGAAAGCCAAGAUGGAGUUGACGGAAAACCUGAAGGCGAAGAAGGGUGCGGAUGCUGAGGCUGGUGCAAACGGCGACACCGACGCCAACGGCAUGACGGAGCUAGAGAAGGCCCAUCUCGAGGCGGAGCAGGCUCUCCAGGAAGACGAGGAUGAAGACGAGGAGGACUACGACCCCGGUAGUGAGGGUGAGAGUGAAGGCUCGGGGUCGAGCGACGAUGACGAUGACGACGACGACGACGACGACGAUGAUGAGGCUGAAGAGGAUGAUGAGGACGAGGAGAUGAACGAAAAGUAGAUGGAUCGGGUUGGCUAUAUACAACGCAUCGAGUCUUGGUGAGAAAUCGGCUGAGGAAUAGGACCUGGCUAUACUAAGGCCAAUGACCCGGAGCACGACGACAUCCUGAACAAUUGUACGAUAGACACCUCGGUCAUUGAACAGUGAUGGCCGAGGAAUUUUUAUUUGUGGUGGAG